AUGUGUAAGGAAGUGAAGUCUUUUACUCUGGCAAUCAAGGACAAUAUCGCAACCGCUGACUUCCCAACACAAUGCGCCUCAACCAUUCUCUCUUCUCACUCUUCACCCUUCGAAGCUACUGUGGUUCGUCAACUGCGCAAACGCGGAGCAACAGUGGUUGGAAAGACCAACAUGGAUGAAUUCGGUAUGGGUUCUCAUUCGACAAACUCAGUAAAUGGCGCAGUGAGGAAUCCCCUAGCCAAGGAUGACGAAGUGUCAGCCGGCGGAAGCUCAGGUGGAAGCGCCGUUGCAGUACGACUAGGAGAUGCCGACAUCGCCCUAGGAACAGAUACAGGUGGUUCAAUUCGACUGCCUGCAGCGUAUACCGGGGUAGUUGGCUACAAGCCUAGUUAUGGCAUGGUUUCUCGGUUUGGUGUAGUUCCAUAUGCAAACUCUCUGGAUACCGUCGGCUUCUUGUCUAAGGAUGUCAAGCCGAUACACAACCUCAUAUUCGAGACUGGCAUGCACAACGAACAUGACUCUGAGGAUCCAACAUCACUACCCGCCGCAUCUCGAAAACGAUGUGCUUCAUCAAUACCAUCCACCCUUCCCGAGCUAUCAAGACUAAAUAUCGGCAUUCCUCUUGAAUACAAUAUUGACGAGCUUGACCCUUCUAUCCGCGCCGCUUGGGUUUCUGCUGCCUCUGCUCUCGAGGCUCAGGGCGCAACUCUAGUUCCCAUCUCUCUACCUUCCACAAAAGAAGCCCUGUGCGCUUACUAUGUCCUCGCUCCUGCGGAAGCAUCUUCGAAUCUCGCCAAGUACGACGGUGUUCGCUACGGAAAGCGCGGUGAAGGUAGCGAUGCAGUGGGUGAGACUCUCUACUCUGAUACCCGUGGCGAGGGCUUCGGCGAAGAGGUCAAGCGACGAAUUCUCCUUGGCACAUACAGUCUCAGUUCUGAGGCAAUAGACAACUACUUCAUUCAAGCCCAAAAGGUCCGACGGAUGGUCCAGAAGGAUUUUGAUCGAGUCUUCCGACUUGACAACCCCCUUUAUGAGCCUGCGCAGUUUGACUUGAGUGACAUGGCUGAGGCCACCGGAAUGGAGGACAAGACUGGCCCUGUUCAGGUGGACUUCAUCCUCUCUCCUACAGCGCCAACAUUUCCUCCGAGACUGGAAGAUCUCAAGCAGCAGAGCAGUGUAGACGUUUACAUGAACGAUGUCUUUACGGUUCCAGCAAGUUUGGCAGGUUUGCCAGCUGUGAGUGUUCCAGCUAAGGUGGAGGGAAGUCAGUUUCCAACGGGGCUGCAGGUCAUCGGACAAUUCUGGGACGACCAGAGGGUGCUUCAACUGGCAGAAAAGUUAACAUCCCUGGUGGCAUGA